AUGAUAAGCAAUGCAAGCAUUACAAAAACAUUCAAUGUCGCCGGAAACGAUACGGUGAAAACAACGGCAUUGGCGGUGCGGUCGGCAGGGGAGAAAGCCAAGAAAGUGAGAAAAGCCAUUAUCCCCACCGGAAACAACAUCAGCGACAUUGGCGGCGGAGGCAAUGGUGGCAGUAUCGGCGGCAACACCAGAAGCGACGCCGUCACAACCGCCAGCACCACCACCCACUUGACAGUAAAGCACGUCACCAUCAAAAUCUUUCGCUUCUCACUGACCCCGUCGGAGCUAUGA